AAGGACCCAUGAAAAAUUCUUUCCUGUUCUGCGGGGGAAAGAACCCAUUUUGGCUAUUUGGUUUUUGUGUCCUCCACUGUGAAGAACCAAAAGCUCUCAUCCUCAGAGCACAGCAACAGAGAGAGAAAGAGGGAGAGAGGGAGACAGAGAGGGUGGAAGAGAGAGGGCACCCUGUGAACAUCUUUUUGAUUAGCUUUUAGGGGGAGGGAGAGAGAGAGAGAGAGAUUGAUUGAUUGAUUAUCCAGAAGAAUCAGAAUGUCUCUGGGUUAUGCGGAGAAGCUCUCGUACAUUGAGGAUGUGGGUAAAGUUGGAAUGACUGAGAUUUUCGACCCACCUCUCAUCUUGCAACAGAAGAUUGAACGACUUGCCUUAAUGAUAAGAAAGAGUAAGCAUCUAGUUGCAUUUACAGGUGCAGGAAUAUCAACUUCUUCUGGUAUACCUGAUUUUCGAGGUCCUAAUGGUAUAUGGACACUUCAGCGGGAAGGAAAAGCCACACCUGAAGCAUCACUGCCAUUCCAUCGUGCUAUGCCAAGCAUUACCCAUAUGGCUUUGGUUGAACUAGAGAAGGCAGGUAUCCUGAAGUUUGUUAUUAGUCAGAAUAUUGAUGGGCUUCAUCUACGGUCUGGUAUACCAAGGGAGAAACUGGCUGAAUUACAUGGAAACUCCUUCAUGGAAAUUUGUCGUUCUUGUGGAGUCGAGUAUUUGCGUGAUUUUGAGGUGGAAACUAUUGGAUUGAAGGAGACAUCACGGCGUUGCUCUAAUGCUGAUUGUGGAGCAAAACUUAGAGACACAGUUCUUGACUGGGAGGAUGCAUUGCCCCCAAAGGAGAUGAAUCCAGCGGAGAAGCACUGCAGAAUGGCAGAUGUUGUGUUAUGUUUAGGGACCAGUUUGCAGAUUACUCCUGCAUGCAACCUGCCUCUGAAAUCUCUCCGUGGUGGGGGAAAGAUUGUAAUUGUGAAUCUUCAGAAAACUCCAAAGGACAAGAAAGCAAGUUUGGUGAUUCAUGGGCUUGUGGACAGGGUAAUUGCAGGUGCCAUGGAAUUACUUAAUCUGCAGAUUUCUCCAUUUGUUAGAAUUGAUCUUCUCCAAGUCUCUCUGGCUCAAGCCCUGAGUGCAGAAUACUCAAUAUGGAAAUACAUGAAUAUGCAUGUACAAAUUUCAAAUAAAAGAUAUGUGAACUGGACACUUAGGGUUGCAAGUGUACAUGGACAGAAAGAUCCUUUGCCAUUCAUCCAAUCCAUUGAGGUGUCCUUUUCAGACAUGCAAAAUCUAAAAACAGCUCUUCUGCAUAAGCAACCAUUUUUCCUGAAAAGGAGAACAGUGAAGACAAAACCACUGGAAAUGGUGUUGAGACUCAAUUUUAGCGAUGGAUGUGCGUGCAAAUGCACCCAAAUUAGGAUACCAGUUAAUUUUAAGGUUUUUACAAGUUCUUUAAACCAUGAUAAAGAUGCCAUCUUCCAAGAAUUAAGAGAUGCAGCAAUCCAAGAUCCAUGCUGUGGACAGAAUGCAGUUGUCGAGAGAAAGGCUAUUUUAGCCCCAAGAAGCGAAGUUACUGUGUAUGCCACUGUAACCAACAUUGUGUGGUACAGCAAACCGCCCAAAGCUUUUGAAGCUGUGUCCUUAACUAAUGGCGACGUGCUAAAAAGGCGACAAGAUGUUCUGAGUGGUAUCGAAAAAUCUCUGAAGCGACAAAAACGGUCUAAGCGUAGAACCCGGUAAUAGAUAAUGAAGCUAUGUGAUUUGGGUUGGUGUAUAUAGCUGUUAUUAUUAAUCAGAAUUUAUGGGUAGUUUUAAAUAUGUAGGGACUGAGUGGAUUUUGUUAGAUGCUACACUCAGAUAUCCCCGACCAUGGGUAGGAAAAGUAGGGGAAGUUGGUUGACAGGAGCCAAUUUUGUAAGUUCAACAGGUAGAUAACCAUUUGUUUUCUAUAGUGGGCAUUUUUCAAGAGCUUACUUCGACAUUUUCUUUUCAUUUUUCUUUCAAACAAUAUGUGCCCCAUGUGGGAGUAUCUGGAUAAUCUGUGCAUACAUAUCAGUUUUUACCCCAGAAAUCCAGGAAUCCUAUUUGAAUCUGC